AGUGGUGUGUCCUAAAAUGUAAAUUUUUCAACUCAAAAAAAAAAAAAAAACAGAAAAGAAAAAACAAACCAAAAAAAAAAAAAAACUGAUGACAAGAGAAAGUUUUUGGAACACAGGAGGAUCGUCUUCUUCUAUCCGGGUUAAGUUGUUGCAUAGAGGUUGUCUAAUAGCCCGUUAUUGGCUAAACCUCCCUCCAGCACACUUUUCUGCUUUGACCACUGGAGGCUCCCAGCAGCUUAUGCGUCACUUUGCCUCUUAGUCGCUGAUCAUGGCGGAGCUACAGUUACAGGCUGAAGUGGAGCCUGAACUUCUCAAUGGGGAUGACUUGAACGAGGAAAGAGAAGAUGCAGACACCUCAGAAUCCGUAAAGAAAAAAAGAAGAAAGAAGAAGAGGAGUAGGACCACCGCACCAGCAGGGACAAACGAGGCUGAGGGGGAUGGAGAAGCCAGAGGUGUUGGUGAUGUGACUAAACAGUUGGAGCAGCAAACACUGGAAGACAAAGAGAGGGUUGAGGAUGGAGAAGAAGAUGGGGACGAGGGAGAGAACUCAGCUGGAAAAAAGAAGAGGAAGAAGAAGAAGAAAAAAGGAUUGAAGGGACAGACUGACCCUCCCUCAGUCCCUAUUUGUGAGCUGUAUCCCAACGGAGACUUUCCAAAGGGAGAGGAGUGUGAAUAUCCCCCAUCAAAAGAUGGGUGUGUGACCUCCACGUUGUUCCUCAGGCUUACAAAGCGCAGCGCAGCGUGGCGGACCACCAGCGAGGAGAAGCGAGCCCUGGACAGGGCUAACGAGGAAAUGUGGAAUGAUUUCAGGCAGGCGGCUGAGGCACACCGGCAGGUUCGUGCAUACGUCGUGAGCUGGAUCAAACCUGGGAUGACCAUGAUUGAGAUCUGUGAGAAGCUGGAAGACUGCUCCAGGAGGCUCAUCAAAGAAGACGGGCUAAAGGCGGGCUUGGCUUUCCCCACAGGCUGCUCCAUCAACCACUGCGCAGCUCACUACACCCCAAACGCAGGAGACCCGACUGUACUGCGCUAUGACGACGUCUGCAAAAUUGACUUUGGAACACACAUCAACGGUCGAAUAAUAGACUGUGCCUUCACCGUCACUUUCAAUCCGAAGUAUGACCGACUGCUGGAGGCUGUGAGAGACGCGACCAACACUGGCAUUAGGUUUGCCGGAAUUGAUGUGCGCCUCUGCGAUGUGGGCGAGACCAUUCAGGAGGUCAUGGAGUCUUAUGAAGUGGAGAUAGAUGGGAAAACAUAUCAAGUGAAGCCAAUCAGGAAUCUCAAUGGCCACUCUAUUGGACAGUACAGGAUACACUCAGGGAAGACGGUCCCUAUUGUAAAAGGCGGAGAGGCCACGAGGAUGGAGGAAGGUGAGACUUAUGCCAUCGAGACAUUCGGCAGCACUGGGAGAGGUGCAGUCCACGAUGACAUGGAGUGCUCACAUUACAUGAAAAACUUCAGCAUUGGACAUGUGCCAAUAAGACUUCCAAGGGCUAAACAUCUGCUGAAUGUGAUCAACGAGAAUUUUGGUACGUUGGCAUUCUGCCGCCGCUGGCUGGACCGCCUGGGUGAGAGCAAGUACCUCAUGGCAUUGAAGAAUCUGUGUGACCUUGGCAUCAUAGACCCAUACCCACCUCUCUGUGACAUCAAGGGCAGCUACACCGCCCAAUAUGAGCACACCAUCCUACUCAGGCCCACAUGCAAGGAGGUAGUGAGCCGAGGCGAUGACUACUAAGCAUGCACCAAAAUCCACAAUGAACCAGGAGACCACAGACCUCUUCAGACUGAUAGCAAAUAUGCAAUAUUUCCUAAAUUUCCACUGCUUGAAUACCUCUAGGUAAUUGUUUUAGCAAAGCAAAAGACUGUCAUGAUGAUAUCUUACUAGUUUUUUUUUCUCCAAAGGAUCAAGCCAAUAGAAAAAGGGCAUAUUUUGUUAUUAUUAGUGUUGUCAUUUUAGUUUUUGUUUCAUGCACUGCUUUUCGGAAACAUGCAAAAGACAUUUAUGCAAAAAAAAAAAAAAAAAAGGUUUAGGUAAGCACCUUGCCUGCUGUGCUUUAUUGCCUUGUUAAGAUCUCAUGAGGAAACCAUAACUGCUAUGAAGUAUUUAUAUUUCUAUAUUUCUUUGCUUUAUUUUCAUUUGAGGCAGUUUUAUAAGAAAUAAAUUGUUAUAAAUCUUG